UAUUUGUGACGUUAAAAAUUCCAGUGAUUUAUUCAGUUUUUAUUAUAAAUAUCGUUCAAUAUAGAUCUACUUACAUAAUUAAUAUCUAUAUCUUUUGAUACGAUUACUUUUAUAGCUAUUUCUUUUUGGUAGCGGUCCGAUUUGCCGCUGAAAUUUGAAAAAACUUAAACAAUUUGUACAGGUGUGACUGCGGCAUUGAAUAAAUACAUUUGACAGCAAUGUGGAAAACGCGUGAGGAUUUGAAUCAAUUAAUGCACUCUAUACAAGAUGAUCUUCGGCGGCAAGUCACAGAAUUGCGUUCCCGCAAUCCAAGUUUUGUGCCCAAGUUGGCUAUCGUACAAGUGGGCGACAGAGAAGACUCCAACGUAUACAUCAGGAUGAAACUAAAGGCUGCUGAAGGUAUAGGCAUGAGAGCGGAGCAUGUGCGCUUGUCCAGAGACAUUACGGAAUUAGAGUUGCUGUCUGAGAUUACAAAACUAAAUGAGUCGCCGGCGGUGCAUGGAAUCAUUGUGCAGAUGCCUUUGGACUCCGAGCAUUCGAUCGAUUCCCACAAAAUUACAGACGCUGUAUCCGCUGACAAGGAUGUUGAUGGCUUGAACACCAUAAACGAGGGUCGUACAGCAGUUGGCGAUUUGUCUGGAUUCAUUCCAUGCACACCAGCUGGCUGCGUGGAGCUGAUAAAGACGACCGGCGUGCCCAUUGUUGGGAAGACUGCGGUGGUUGUUGGUCGCAGCCGCAUAGUUGGCACACCUGUAUCGGAGCUCCUUAAAUGGGAGAAUGCUACAGUUACAACCUGCCAUUCGAAAACAAAAAAUUUGAGUGAUAUUACGAAAACAGCGGAUAUCUUGGUGGUUGCUAUAGGGCGGCCGGAGUUGGUGCGAGGAUCAUGGAUCAAACCCGGUGCCGUUGUCAUCGACUGUGGAAUCAAUCCUAUAUCAGAUCCGACAAAAAAAAGUGGUCAAAGGCUGGUCGGUGACGUGGCGUAUGCUGAAGCAGUGGAGGUGGCAUCCCACGUGACCCCCGUGCCUGGUGGUGUCGGCCCUAUGACUGUGGCAAUGCUGAUGAAGAACACUGUGCUGGCUGCGAGGAGACAGCUCGAGCGAUUGUCAGCACAGACCUGGCCUCUUCGACCACUUAGAUUAUCACCAGUGUCACCGCCGCCCAGUGAUAUCGUCAUAGCACGAUCGCAGAGUCCAAAAGAUAUCAGUGAGUUAGCUCAAGAGAUUGGCUUGUACCCGAAGGAGGUAUCACAGUAUGGGCGUACAAAAGCAAAAAUUUCGCUCUCGGUUCUAGAUCGAUUGAAAGACCAGCGCAGCGGUAAAUAUAUCGUGGUUGCAGGUAUCACACCCACACCGCUCGGGGAAGGCAAAAGUACAACUUUAUUAGGGCUGGUGCAGGCUCUAUGCGCGCAUCGCGGUCGUAAUGCGUUUGCUUGUAUGCGGCAACCCAGCCAAGGUCCAACUUUCGGUGUGAAGGGCGGUGCCGCCGGUGGUGGUUACUCUCAGGUUAUCCCAAUGGAGGAAUUCAAUCUUCACUUAACCGGUGACAUACAUGCUGUUACUGCGGCUAACAACCUGCUUGCCGCUCAGAUGGACGCCCGUAUAUUCCACGAACUAACCCAAAAGGACGGUCCUCUAUAUGAUCGAUUGGUACCAAAGAUCAAAGGUACGAGAAAGUUUUCUCCGAUACAGUUGAGAAGGCUCAAGAAGUUAGGCAUUGACAAAACUGAUCCUGAUUCGCUUACGGCAGAAGAAAGAAGCAGAUUUGCUCGGUUAGAUAUCGACCCGAAUAGAGUUAUGUGGAAUAGAGUUGUGGAUUUGAAUGACAGAUACCUUCGUAAGAUUACUAUAGGCCAAUCACCAACAGAAAAGGGUUUCACUCGUGAGACCAGCUUCGACAUAUCUGUUGCUUCAGAGAUCAUGGCAAUUUUGGCACUUGGUAAUGAUGUGGAAGAUAUCAAAAUAAGACUUGCAAGUAUGGUGGUGGCGUACGAUAAGAAAGGCAAUCCUGUCACUGCUGAUGAUCUAGGCGUCACGGGAGCACUUUUGGUUCUACUUAAGGAUGCAUUUGAACCUACGCUGAUGCAGUCAUUAGAGGGCACUCCCGUGCUGGUGCACACGGGUCCUUUUGCGAAUAUCGCUCAUGGGUGCUCUUCGAUUUUAGCCGACAAGAUUGCCAUGAAGCUGGCCAGAGAGAAUGGUUAUGUAGCUACAGAAGCGGGUUUCGGAUCUGAUAUAGGCAUGGAGAAGUUCUUCGACAUCAAAUGCCGCGCUAGCGGGGACAAGCCACACUGCGCUGUAAUUGUAGCGACCGUCCGAGCGCUGAAGAUGCACGGCGGUGGGCCCGCUGUCACCGCAGGCGCACCCCUCCACGAUGUCUAUGUACAGGAAAAUUUGGAACUGCUAAGUAAAGGCUUAUGCAAUCUAGGCAAACAUAUUAGCAACGGAAAUAAGUUUAGGGUUCCGGUCGUUAUUGCUAUAAAUAAGCACGGAAAUGAUACAGAAGCUGAGCAUAAUCUUAUAAAGUCGUUUGCCCUUCAAAAUGGUGCAUUCAGAGCUGUCAUAUGUGAUCACUGGGCAAAAGGCGGCGCCGGCGCAAUUGAUUUGGCAGAUGCAGUGAUCGACGCUUGCGACGCUAAAUCUAACUUCCAAUUUUUAUAUCCAUUGAAUCUACCAAUACGCGACAAAAUUAAACGCAUUGCAACGGAAAUGUAUGGCGCUGGAGAGAUUGAAUACACAGACGAGGUGCAAAAGAAGAUUGAUGUCUUUACUGAAUUGGGCUACGAUAAACUGCCAAUUUGCAUGGCCAAAACAUCGAACUCGUUGACCGGUGAUCCGGCUAUAAAGGGCGCUCCUGUGGGCUUCACGUUGAAGAUUAACAAUAUCUUCGUAUCGGUGGGUGCUGGGUUCGUGGUUCCAAUGGUCGGGGAGAUCUCCAAAAUGCCCGGGCUUCCCACGCGACCCAGUAUCUACGACAUAGACUUGAAUACGCAGACGGGCGAGAUCGAUGGAUUAUUCUAGCAAUUUAUACACUCUUUUAUGUAAAAUUUUUACUAAAGAUCGCAUAUAAUUUAAUAUUAAUAUUACUUGUUAAGGAAAUUAAUAAAAAAAUAUCCCUUUAUUUUUAUUAA